AUGGGUGGGGAAGCCAUGUUAAAACCAGUUGCAGGUGCAGUGGGUGGGACCCCUAACCCUCAACCCUGUCCAAAAACCACCAUGACCACCAAACCUCAUCUUUAUCCUCCCUCUUCUUCCUCUCUCAAACUUUCUGUAUCAUCCAAUUCCCCUGCACCCUUUGGAAAAUCUUCUGCUAAGUGUUCUUACGUUGGUGAAUCAAGCACAAACAAACUGGGUUCUGUUGAAGGAAGAGAAGAUAAAAGAGCAAGUGGGUCUAAAUAUGAACAUGUUUUUUGGGCUGUUCCAUCUAGAUCUGAAGUGGAAAAAGCCCUGUCUGAUCUUCUAAGAUCUCUUUCCCAUUUACCAUGGUUAAGUCAGCUUACACUUUACAGUUUACACCCACCUAUAUCCUCUGUAGAAAUUUUGGGUUAA